CGCCUCCGUCAGGAGGAGGUGGCGGUGGAGGAGGAGGAGAAGGAGGAGGAGGUUCUCCUUCGCCGUCUUCUGAAGGAGGAGGAGGCGAAGGAGGAGGAGGAGGUGAAGGAGGAGGAGAACAGUCAGCUCCUCCUUCUCCGUCUCCUUCAUCAACAUCACCAGAAUCUCAAGCAGAAACACAGGGCUCCUCAGAACCAGUACCAGUCGCUACAAUGCCUGAAGUUUUAAAACUGAUUUCAAUGCUUCAUCCUCCACCUCCCCCUCCAAUUAUGUCGAGUCCUCCAAGCCCACCAAGUAAGGAAGUAAUCAAUGAAGUAAAAAAUGCUUUAUUGAAAGAGUUAAUGGACAGAGGACUUUUAAAUGAAGUCGGUAUGAAUGUCGCUCAUAAUGAACUUAGCAUGGGACCAAUGAUGGAGACCCAUCCAAUGCCACCAUCACAUACUGGACCAAUGGUUUCACCUGAUUUAAUGCCUCCUAGCUCAGAAACUAUGCCAAUGUCCAGUCCAAGUAUGAAUCCAGGACCAWUGAGUUCUGAACCAGGAUUUAGUCCUGAUAAUUUUGUUAGUGAAUUAGUGAAACAGGKWAGUGAGCCCAGUGGCCCUGGUAUGGCAAGUUCAGCAGACAUGGGAGGUGAGUUUAAAGAUAAAGAUCCAGACAAAGGUAAUCCUGAUAAUAAAAAUGCAAGUACCAGUGAUAGUACAGGAACAAAUAAAGAGGACGCUAAGGCAAGCAGUGAUCAAAGUGAUACAAAGCCUAAAGCUGCGGGAUCAUUAGACUCAGAAAAUCAAAAAAGUGAAAAUUCUGGAGGUGCUYCGAAAGAUGCUGAAGACCACCYUCAGSCCCUCCAUAGAAAUAAAUAUAAGAGCAUGACAGCGGAGGAUCUUGUGAAACAUCCUUAUAUAGCAUAUACACUACACCGCAUUAAUAGACAACCUCUUGUUAGUAAUUCUUUUAAUGAGCAUCCUCGUGUAAGUUCUGGCAAUUCUCAUGGGCAAGACCAUAUGGCACAAGGAGGAGAAACAACGCAUCACUUUCAUAACCUUCAUCCUACUAGCGUUGACCAUGAUGUCGAUGCUGKKCCAAAUCCAUCUAAAGGAACUCAUCAGGUGCCGUUCGUGUCCAAUACGGAMCAUACUCCAGGACAUGRCAAUACUCAACACAUUGCAUCGGCAACUCCGCUUCACCAUUUUAUAUCAAACCAUCACGCUAAAGUAGGUGGCAAUUCCCAUGAAGGGGGUGGUGCGGUGUCCAAUUCCCCUCAAGAAACAUUACUGUUACUUGACCCCGGUAGCCCUCAUAUACAGCAAGCUGCCAUAGCAUCUCAUCUGCAAAACGAUCAAGUGCAUUCCCCCGAAGUUGUUUUACAUAUGGGAAAUGGAAAUUCCCAAAAUCAUCUGGUAAGCCUAUUUCCAGCUCAGGAAACUUCACAUGGUGCUGUAGGAUUUACUGGAGGCCAAAGUCAACAUACAUAUUUUAUGGAUGAUCCUGGAGUGAAAGUUCCUCUUGACCUUGGAUUUCUGGUUGAUGGCUCAUCAGCAGUUGGAAACGAAAUGAACUUUAAUCAAAUCCUUUCAUUUGUCACGAACUUCAUAAAGAAAUUGUCGGUAUCCACACAAUACGCACGRGUUGGUGUGGUGGUGUACUCUAGACAGCCCAUGGUUAUAAUGACUCCAAAUGUCGAGGCGAAUAAGAAAACACUCUUGCAACUUAUCUCCCAUGUACGAUUUCCAGGAAAAACCUCAGUGCCGGGAUCAUGCAUUGGACGUGGUCUCAGAGCGGCUAAAAACUACAUAUUCUCGGCAACAGAUAUCACCAAGAUUCGCCCAAAGGUACUGGUGGUAGUCACUACGGGGUUAUCAUGUGACGACGUGUUCGAGCCUACGCAGGAACUUCGUUCAGCUGGAGUAGAUAUUUUUGUAGUUAAUUUAGGAAGCCUAAGAAGCGAAUUUCAAAUGCAUGCUAUUGCAAGUGAGCCCAUUUCUGAUCACAUCUUCUCAGCCUCUUUCAGCCAAGUUGCGUUUCUUGCUGAGAGUAUUCUAAACAAGAUUGUAAAAGAUAUAUCGCAUAGGUUCUGCAACAGCCCCUGUUUCCGAGAUGAAGAUGACGUUUGCGAUUUUUGCCCAAGUGAUUACGAUUUCAAUCAAAACUUUAAAAAGAAACAAACGACAGCGCGAGUGUCAACCAAAGAGGACGAAACAAAGUACGUAAAGUUCAUCCAGCGAUUGUUAAGGAACUAYUUCAAAAACAAGAAACAGAGAUUGCAGUCUACCAAAACUAAAGUUGACAAAACCAAUGUAAAAGAAAAGGAUGAAAGUCACAACUUYAUCAGCACCAAGAAGAAGCAUGAUGCUUCAAGAAAUAAAUCCUAUGAAAGCAGCUCGAAUAGACAUUUGGAAAAUACUGACAAACUGAACUCGAAUAUUAAUCAUCAAGUAGAAUUUCAAGAUAAGAAUAUUCCCGAUAAAUCUGUAGAAGAUAAUUUCUUUGGAAAGCCAAGUUCUUUUCAAGAAUAUCAAGAUGACGCAGGUCCUUCCCAAAAUAAAGAGGAUUCUUUUCGUUCUGGGUAUCUCGAAGUCAAAGAAAACCCUUUGAAAAUAUUUGAACAGGAAGAUAAGGACGUAGAAGACAGGAUUAAACAACUGAAGGAAGAGGAUGCCAACGUGAACGAUGGAAAUUCACAAGCGGGUGGAUUUGAAAAUCCUUUCCCUGCAUAUAAGAUAUCUCUAACUGAAUAUGAAGCUGAUAAAGAUAGCUCGUCAUUAAAAGAUGACGGUGGAUGCAAAGACUAUUUCAGUGAAUGUCCAGGGUAUGCCAAUCAAGGAUUUUGCGCAGAAUUCACACCUCCUACAAGUAUAGGCACUGUUUCAUCCGUGUGCAAACGAUCAUGUGGACUUUGUUCUAGUAAUCACUUCACUCUGAAAUCAAAGAUUACGCAUGCCGGGAUUAAAGAUCAUAAGUCUUCCACGAAAGAUUCGAGUGCAAUCACGGAGGACCUUGAAGAUGACCCUGUUUGAUUUUCAGUUUAUUGUGACGAUUGUAAUAAAGGCAUGCAUUUGGUUGAAAAACGUGAUUGAGCAAUGAUAAAAUCACGUUAUCGCACUGUAAUAGUCUCCUGAUAUGUGAUCAUGUAGCUUGGUAGUGUGUUGAUAAAACACGUGCGCAUAGUGUGAUAAACUGGCGAUAUUGAGCAGUAUUAGUGUAAUAAAGGCAUGUUAUCGG